UCUUGGCCAGUUCAAACGUACUUUCGAGCAUUCCUCAAGCGCGCGCGGUUGCGGAAUUCCCAAGUGAAGAGUUCGGGGGAGGGAACCUGUGCCAGUGUCUAGGAUACGGUGGCCUGCUGUUUGGUGGGCCAUCGAGUGCAUUGACACACCUAGCUACCAACGGAUUGCCACGGGUGGUCUGUUCCGUCGUAACCCGCGGCGUGGAUUAAGUUCUGGUACAGUGGGACCUCGGUCGUGCGACACUUUGCAAUCGGCGGAACUGUCAGUUGUCAUCAGUGAUGACAAUGCUGCGCGCUGUACGGGAUCCGUUGAAACGUCGAAACGCGUUGUCCAACUACCGGGGUUGCACUGUGAGCAGAAAUUCUUGUACAUCGUUGGCAUAGGGUUGGCCAACGGGUUCUUGUGUGAUCGAUUAAAGUUUUCCUUUCCCGCGAACGGAAUUUCCUCGAGUGCUGCAACUCUGUGAAGUGUCUUUCGCAAGCCCGUCGAAGAUCAUCAUACGAGAAGUGAAACGAAGAUGCAUUGAUCCCUCGCGAGGGAGUCAUCUUUCAAGAUGAUGCAUCUUGGCGGGAUCAUCAACCCGCGAUCGACGGCGCCGCCGUCAACAGCUGUGUUGUCAGCGGUGGUCCAAAACCCGUCGAAAUCGGCCUAAAAAUAGUCCCAAAACAUGGCCCGCUUGGAUGUUGUGUUCGUUGCGGGUGUUGGCGGAAAACCAAGAAGAAGAAACCCAUUGAAGAAGUGUUGAAAAUGUGGAAGAAAAAUCUGUUUUUCGAAAAUAAAACAAAGUUCAACGUAAAAAAAAUUAAAGUUGAUGGAUGUACUUCCAUCACUCUCCGUUACAUGGUCACGAGCGCCGGGAGUUCGGCGUGACCAGCGGCGGUGACGAUCUGCGUUCAAGUUCUAAAAACAGUCGCCAGAGGUGGGGGCGAAUUCUGGUUGAGCGGCAUCAGUUUUAAAGUGCAUUAUUGGAUGCUUCCGGCGUGGCGGUAUUAGAAUUUGUAAAGAGUGACCAAAGUGACAAACUGGGGGACGCCGGGUCUGUUUUGGUCUCGUCUGUUUGUGACGGGGGCAAAUUAAUGGGUAUCAAAGUUCAGGUGUGACCGAACGAUUUUGUUUCAUCAGAAGUUGAUAUGGUUGUGAAAGAGUUUCCUGGAAGUGUUUAUUACAGGUUAUGGUGCGACAGUGACAAGUCACGGAAUAUGGAAUACGGUGUGAAUACCCUCUACAAAGUGUGAAAAGCCUGUUACCAAAGAAGAAAAUCAGUGUAAAUUUGUUGGAAAUGUGUGCAGUUAGAAAUGAAAAAUAUGAUGGAGUUUUCAGUCUAGAAAAGUGCAUUUAACAAAUUAAGUCAAUAUAAAAAUAUGUGAAAAUGUUUGUUCUGUGAAGCUGCGACAAUCAAGUAAAGUUUGUUAAAAAAGUAGUUUUGAGAAAAAUAAAUCAAGAUGAAGCGAAACGAUACUCGAGAAGGAAAUUCUACGGCGACGACCGUGUACAGAAUUUUGCAGAGUCCGGCCCCGAUCUGCAUGUUCUACUUUGCUCACCCGUUCGGAAUUUCCUCCCCGGCCACGGUGUCCACUUCGAGUAAAUCCGUGACCACUACCCAGCAGCCACCACCGGCUCCGGUGGCCACCACAAAGUCGGAACAGAACCGAAAACCGGUUCCCCUUCCGGCGCCCAAGUACCCAGAACAGCGGCAACCUUCGAAGACGGAAAUUGUCCGCCAACGGCCGGACACCCGGGAUGGUGGUGGCGGCGGAGGUGGAACCAACGCUCCCGUUGGCCAGAAGAAAACCAACGGAAUGACCGCGGUGAGACCGGAAAAGGUGGUGCCCCCUCCGAAAGUCACCACUCCGGGACCUAAACCCGGUGAAAAUCGGGGCAAACUGAAGCGGUCCAAACAUUGCACCAACGUGUCGUCGUCGGUGGCCGAUCCGACGGCGAAGGCCCCAGAGCCGCUGACGGUCAAACCGCACGCCAAAACGAAGAAACGGUCCAACGUGAUCGAAAUGGACCACCGGCAGACGCACCUGACGCCGUGGCCCAGCACCAUCUGGAAUCGGGACUUUUUGAUUCCGCCGCUGCUGCAGGUGCUGGCGAAGCAGCAUGGUCGCAAAAUACCGGACAUCGAGCAGAUUUUGCGCACCGUUCGAUCUGCCUGGAACACCCCGAAAUCUCAGCGCUCGCUUCUGCAGAGCCAGGACAGCCGCGACUCGUCCGCGUCCAACUGGGACCUAUCGAGCUCGUGCGAUAGCCACUACUGUGACCAGGGACGCCACCACGCCAGGAUGGGUGCCGGAACGUACGCCACCGUCAUGGGUGGCCCCGGGCCGGGGCUGCUCCGGAGGCGUUACUCGGUGCCGGAAAUCAUCAUGAGGAAACACACUCUGGCCCAGCAGAAACCCACCGCCGAGGAGCUGCUACUGUGCGACACGAACCACAACACCAUUGGGGCGGCCAACAGGAACUCGUCCUGCUACCAGUCACCUUGCCACAGCACCCCUAGUCCCCAACCUGGGCGGGGGCCGUUGACACGUGCCAGCAGCAAGCAGGGUUCACCCGUUCCCGCGACACCACCUUCCCGCAGUCAGCACCGGAAAUCGAUUACGAGGGCGGCCAGCAGCGUGGACGGCGGGGGAGCGGGAGGAAACCACGUGGCCACCACGACCGGGCCUCCAUCGCCGCUAAUUUCGACCGGGUCCGAGUCGAAUUUGGCCGCGAUGAAGCAGCAACAGCAGCUGCGUCAAGGUGGUAUUAGUCGUAAUCAAAAGUGUAGUAGUGUAAAUGGUAUAAAUAGUAGCACGGGUGGGGUCAACGGGGUGGGAGGUGCCUUGGGUGGAGGAGUGGGGUCGGGGGCGGACUUUUCGAUGAGAAAAUCGACCCUGCUGCGACGGAUGUGGAGCAAAGAAAUGCGAAGGUACGACCGGUCCGGCAGUUGGUCACCACCGUUGAGACGGGCACCACGACGGAUCUACAGUAUUGAGAGUAUUCUACCGCCGGACGGGUUGUUGGGUGGUGAUGGGGGUAGUGGGGCCAGUAGUGACGGGAGUAGCUGCGUGACAACCUCAGCGACCUCGUGCAAGGAAUGUGCCAAGUUGGAGAGUCAGUACAACGGGAACGCGCGAACGGGCAAGUUGGUGGCCCAAGAAUCUCCGAAGCGGCUCCGGUUGGCGGCCUCGUUGAACAAUAUCAAUAAUAACCUUCAGAAGGUUGACUUUGUGGAGGGUGCGGAGGAAGAGGGAUUGAGUUGUGGCAGCACCCCAAACAGGAAUUUGAUAUCCAGUGAGGGUUUGGGGGACGACAGUGUGAGUGUAGCGACUACGAAGAGUUCUAAACCGGAGGUAUCCAGCACGACUGGGACCACUGCCAGCACGCCACUGAUACGGGCCCGCAAGCAUACGGAGAAGACGACCUCCAAAUCGAGAGGUUUCGUCUUCAUGAGUGGUGCAGCCACUAUUGCUCCAGCCUCCCCAAGUUGUGACGUAGAGUUGGACGAGGCAGAUCUCACCAGCAGCACCUCCUCUAUUGCGUCUCAGGCGUGUGCCAGGCCUGUCGGCGGCCUCACUGCUGGCAGCACUGGCACCAUCCUUGAAGCGACCGAAGAGGGCACGCUAAUCGAUAACGAAGACGACGACGGUGCCAGUACGAUUCUGAACGGCCAGGACAACGAAAGUGAGUUGAGCGAAUUUUUGCACGCGGAAGCCCAAUCGCAAAAUGAUUGUCAAGAUUCUGUGGCGGGUGGUGUUCAGCGUAGUCGUGAUUCUGAUGCUCAUGUACAUCCUCGAGAACGUGACAAGACUGCUGGUCGUGAUGCACCACCAGGACAAACUGAUGCAGUGAAGGUCACCGCCGCCGGUCAGUUCCCCCUGAAGAAGAAGCAAUCGCGUCGUGGCAGUAACGCCAGUAGUAGUGCCCUCAGUGCCGUGGACAGUAGUACGGACAGUGAAAGUGUGUACAAUGGUGCGAGAAAUGAUGACCGGCUCGACGAGUACAUCUCGAACCUCCUCGUAGACAACCUGAACAAUCUGCUCGACAACGCAAGGGAGGUCGUGACGGUGGUCGCUGGCUCCGCCGUAGACCAGAAGAAUAAUAACAAAGUGGUGGAAGUGGAACCAAAAUCGAUAGAGCAAGUUGAAGUCGUUGCUGCCGAACCAAGUGAGAUGAAGCAAAAGUCCGAGGGCAAGUACAUUGGCGGGGGAGGUGGCGUAGUGUGCAACUCUCCACCCGAUCCAGGCAGUAAGCUCAAGCAUCAGCUCAGCAAGGACAAGGACAGUGAGAAGGAAAAUGAAGAUACCAUUAAUAACAAUCAGGGGACGACGACCAACGGCAAGGUCAACAUUAAUUACGUGCGCAAGAAGAACGGUUUCGGCGAGAAGAAACCCAACGCCAACGGGUUCUACCUGGUGUCCAAGAACGGGUCCCGGGACUCGGACGGACUACCCUCGGAGAUCGACCUGAACGGGAAGUACUACUUCCCCACGUACGGCGUCGAAACCGACCCCUCCGACCACACGGACAUCGCCUCCGAGCCAGAAGUGCAAAUAAUCGGCAAAAUUGGCACCGGCUCGAUCUACCGCGAAAACGUCAACGGACGAUACGGGAUCGUGCCGCGAAUCUCCGCGCUUCCCCGAACCGAAUCGAUGGAAGUACAACCAUCAUCAACCUCUGCCGAGGAAGAAUUCGACGAACUGCUCGAACGAAACGGAGGCUCCGACUCGGACACCCCCAGUCUGGUGGACAGUUUGGACGAGGUUGAGGUCGCUCCUCGACGACCCGCAAAAAUCCUCGCCACACCGUCUCCAGCUCCAGCGGAACCGUCCGCAGCGGAGACAACCACCAAGACCGAGUCCACGACCAGCUCGGACAAGUCUCCGCGCCACGAAAAGGGCGAAGCGUUCUUCGUGCCCAUCCAGGACCCGCAUGUGAUAAUCGACGAGCAUAUCGUAGUGGCCGAUGCGAUGCCGCUGCGGAUCAAAGAGCGACUCAACAACCGCCAGCGGUUGAUGAUCUGGCGUAAGGAACAGGAGAGCUUGAAAAAGCACCGCAAGCUCAUGCGCAUGAUAGAGCAGAAGAAGUUUUACGGGGAACCUGCGAUCCAUGUGAUAUCGACUAUGGAUCGUGCCAUCAGCAGGAAGGAGUUCAUUCCACCGUCUGAAAAGAAGCGGGUCUUUGGACAGACGGCUGGACCGUUCACUCCGAAGGUGAACAAAACUAAAAAGAAGAAUAGUGCACUGAGAACUGAGCUCGGUAUGCUGGAAUCGUACAAAAUCGACGCCAGAGGUAAUAUGCAAAUCCAGAACCCGGCCGCUGCAAGCCCCAGCGGUGCAACGACUAACGGCAAAAAGGUUGCGAAAAGCCCGUGGGGCCAAGCAGCUGAACGCAGACAAACCAAGGUCGUCGCCACGGAAGUGUACGCCGCUCCGACACCAUCCGCCAAAUCAUCACUGCAAACUGCCACGACAUCGGCAUCGUCCUCCAAAACGCCCAAAAAGACUCCAAUCGACCCGCGCCGCAAACAAGUGCUCAAAGAUGUCCAGCAGAUGACGCUGUACCAACAGCCAGACCUUACCCCGGAUAUCGAGCGAGGUCCACGGCGAAUGUACCAAAAGACCGAGAUUCAAGAAGGCGACAAACAUAUCGAAAUCCUGGAGAUUGUCGAAUGCGCCGACAGCGCUCCGGGAACGGCAGCUUACCACCGGAGGGCACCCCGAGUGCGUAGCGCCGGAAAUCGAUCGGCUAAACGGUCCAGAAUCCCUGUACCAAUCUACAAGUGGGGUCUAUACAGGAGGAAUAAUUACUCUCGCGAAAAUAGUCCUCUAACCGGGGCCGGGAGCAACCCAAAAGUCGAUCGUAUGAUCGCCGACCUGUUGAUCGAAGCGUUGAGCAAUCCAGAUGACGUCGGUGUCAAAUUCAUCAAGUCCCCGGAGGAACUCAAAGAAAAAACCAAACGAUCCCCGAACAAUCGUAAAACCAACCCCUCCAACAACGCCACAACUCCACGUCGUUCAGCCAACAGUGGCAAGUACACCCAACGAUUCGAGGUCAUCCCCGAGGAACGCAGCAGCGUCUCGGUGGGAUCCUCCACCGAAGAACUGUCCGCCAAUCGCAAAAAACACGCCUCCCCUCGCCGGGUCAGCUUCGAAGAAAACCACAAAAUCCUCAACCUGGACGAGUUCCAACCACCCAAAGCCACGACAACCACAACAGCCCUGAGUCCCAAAAUGGCCGCCACCUCUCCAAAACCAUCCCCAAAGCCAUCGCCCAGCAAGUCGACGGCGGCCAAACCGGCGGCUCCGGCCACCUCCACCUCACCCAAGGCACCCGCUCUCAGGAAGAACACCACCACGACGACGACCAGCCGCGGAAAGGCGGCCAUCCAGUCCGAGGUGGUCGAGGAGAAGGGCUGGAUCGGGUUCACCACCCAGCAUGAGGACCUGGCCACUCCGGUCAACGGCGGCGGCGGCGACGGCGGCGAGGAAGAUGAAGAGCAACCACCACGGCAAACGGCCGAGCAUGCGCGUAGUAGAAAGAACCAUGUAAAAACGAUCAUCACUGGCAACACUGCACGCCACGACCACGUAGUAGAUCACUUCCAUCACCAUCAGAGUGUAAACAUUGCCGUGGGUGCCACGGCGACGGUGGCGACGGCGGAUGUGAGACGGACACUCACCGCCGGCUCGGUCACGUCCGUCGAUCGGAUCCGGUCCACGCUGGCCACGGUUGGAUCGGGAGAUUUACACGAUAGCGGCAGUGUGGCCAACCACCUGGCAAUCACCGCAACCCGUAGACUGACCAGUGGUGAAUUUUCAGACGAAUCGUGCUUCACCGACAGUUUGAACACGAAACCAUCACCGAUGCGGAUGGUCCGCGAGCAGCUAACGAAUCCGGAGCAGCUGCACGAGUACAAAUCUACGGCUGAAUCCGUAAAAGAGAUCCGCGAGGAGAACGCGUGGCACGUGUACGAAUCUGGAGAUUGUAAGGUGAUCCAGUCGAAGAUCGAGUACUACGAAACGUCAAUCCAUCGGACGCCCCUCACUGAAAAUGCGCAAGGAUUGUUUGGUCAUCUGGCGGAUCGAACACCGGAAUCUUUGAGAUCGGCACUCAUGAGAAACAACUUUGACAACAUGGAACUGGUUCGUCACGAACCUGGCAGGGUCGAUGAAGGCCGACUACAUCCGACCUCGUCGGAUACACUGGACAGUCGUCACAUCCCAGCGAUACCUGCGUUACGCACACCAGCAUUGAGCGAGGAACCGCCCAAAACGUCGGAAACCUGCAGCAGUUGCUGCUUCUGCAACCCAGAGCUGCACAAACACAACGGAAAUCCUCCCGACAGCUGCUUCUACUGCCAAGCCAAAGCACAUACCCCCAGCAAACAUUUCCCGGCUCCUCCAACACCACCGAACAUCCAAAUGUCCCCAAUUCCACCCUCACCCAAGACACCCAUCAUGGAACUAACCCCAACUCCAACCCUGCAAGAGAUCCCACUCCCUAGCAAGAAGAAUCCCGAACCCCAACCUUCCACCCCCAAACCGGACAACCCCUCAGAAACAACCAGCGGCGAGAACAUCCCCGGCACCAGCACAACCACCACCACUUCCACCUCAAUUAACGGCCUCUACACCGAGACUACGAAAAAGACUGAUCACACCCACACCAAGACCAAAACCAAAACCUCCGACACCGUCAGUACAAAGUGUUCCAAAACCAACGAAAAGAUCAAACGCUCCUACGUGCCAUCGACCGGACCAGACUCGGAACAUCCGCUGGAGGAACUCUCCAAAAAGCUGACCCGCAAAAAGUCCGAAACAACAGUCCUGAAUCGCCCCAAAAACAUCAACAACCUGCACCGACCGCCCACCGUGGUCCACACGGUCCAGAAGGAGGUCAAGAACGAACUCAAAACCCCCAUCAAGGUCCUGCCCAAAACGGCCAAAGAGUUCAGCAAGCGCAAGGAACGCGACAAGCAGAUCACCCUGAACCUCCCGCUCGACCACGAACCCCCGCCACCCCCCAAACAACCGACGGAAAAGUCCAAGACCACCCUCGGCUUCGAGAACCUCCACCGACCCCCGAAAGACCCCAAAACAAGGUGCGCCUCGUCCCAAAGCUACGACGAAACCACCACCUCCUCAAGCUCAACGGACAACAGCCCCAACUCGAGCCCCUUCAAGAAGUGCACCGCCGCGAACGGUUCCACCCCACUCCAACCGGCCGCCAGUCGCUGGAAGCACAACUCCGAGCGGAACCUGACCCAGCUGACCAUGCAGAAGAUCACCACGGCCAGCAAGUGGGGCAACAAGUGGCGCAAGGCGGCCCGCCAGCACGAACAUUCCCCGGCGCCACCAUCAGGCCACCAGCAGCGUGGGGACAGCGGCCUGAGUCCCGUUCGGAGCAACGGGGCAAGUGGGCAGAUGGGCGCCGGGACAGGUGCCGCGACGGCGACAACGAUGACACAGGCGGCCAGUGUGGCGGCGAUCGCGCCGUCCAGCAUCGUCGGAGGGAUCAGUCAGAGCACGUCGAACCAAGGUUGGACCGUAACGGUCGCGGGCAACUACAACCCGGACAUGGCCCCGGACGUGGAGAUGCGACUCAGUUUCCCCAAACAACAGGCCCAAGUCAACGGUACCGGAGCAAAUGGCGCCCUGCUCGGCAACGGUGGAAGUCCCGCACGGCGUGGUGCCAGCGGAAAACGUGCCCCAGCCAACGGGCAUCCGUCGCCGGUCAACGGACAUGGUGCCAUGAAUGGCCACGACACGCGCACGAAGCAGUACAUCGAGGACACGCACCACAUUCCGGGCCGGGGUGGCCAAAACUACGCCCUGCUAGACGACGACAGCUACGUGGGCGGAGGCAACGGCCGUGGGAAUGGUGGACGGGCUGCCCUGCCACCCCCUCCCCAGCAACCCGGAUUGAACCCGAAGCGGACGCUGUCCCGGGCGGACGGGCAUGCUGGUGGCGGUGGCAAAGAUUAUCGUCUUCCCAAUGUUGGCACAUCGAACAACGUUCCCGGAAGACAGACCACAAAGAAGGGGAUCAAGACAAUGGCAAUUGUGGCCUCGGCAACGACCAGAACCGUUGCCAAAAACUACCACAUGCUCUCCCAUCAGCACGAACACCAGCAGCAACAGCAGCAUCACUUCCAGCCGGCGAUGCUGCCGUCGAGUCCAAACUAUCCGUACUACCACCAUCAACAGCACCAGCAAUCGCUGUUGGCCGCUGCCGGCCAGGGUCCACCUCCGGGGACCACGACGACGACCAUGACCUCGAUGACCACCGGUGGAGCACGUGGUGGCGGCGGCGGCGGCGGCGGUAGACAACGUGCCAGUUCCUUCCAAUCACUUCAUCAUCCCUCAUUGCAAAAUGGCCACGGCGGGGUCGGAGGUGGCAAGUACCCUCACUCCAACUCGCACCAGCCGCGCUAUCAUGAUCCAUCAUCAGUCAUAGACUACGGAAGUAACGCAUUCUACGGUGGCCGCCGGAUGUCCCUGGACAGUCCCCACGGCAUGGUCGGCGCAGAUCUGUCCGUGAUGGGCAACGCGAUCGCCCCGGAGCACAAGCCCAAGGUGCCGACCAUGAGCGAGCGGGACCUAACGCGGAGGCACAACCCGUGCUACACCCGGAACCAGCCGUACUUUUCGUAGAUCUUCGUCGUUUGUUCGUUCGUUCAAGUUGUUUCGUUAGUUGUUCGUUCAGUCAAAGUUAUUGAUUCUCUUGUUUAGCAAAGUGAAGCAAAAUUUAAAAAAAAAGUAAUUUUUUAAGGAAUCUUUUCUUCUGUAGCAUAGUCUAGUCAUUAUGUUUAACUAGUUGGGUUAUUACGUUUCGUGAAUGCCAUUUUACAGUAAUGAAACAAUGAAAUAUCAAAGUAUUAAAUUAGCUGGCUGCCACGUUCCACAGUUCAUGAGUAUUCCAGUGCGAAUAAAGAAAAUAUUUGAUCAAAUUUA